UGGGGCGCCACCUACGGCUUUUGCUGCCUCGCUACUCACUCACUCACUCACUCACCAUCUCAUUCUUGUUUCUCUUUUCUCCCCUCUCUCCAACUUUGGUGCGCUCGACGUCUUAACUUAGAUAUUCCUCUCUGCGCCCGCAGGACCUGGUCUUCUUCUUUCUCCAGACAUCAUUUCCUCCCUCUCACUCUUACUCCUCCAUUUCUCUCUCCCCCUCACUCUCGCUUCCCCCCCCUUCACAUCCUCGUUUCGUUAUCCGCCGCCCCCGAGAAUCUCCGUUUUAAAAUACAAACCCUCGUAUUUCCUCUCUUCCUGCAUUGAACUGAACCUGGUGUGCCAUCCAUCCUUGGUUCAAAAUGGCGGAAUUCGUGCGUGCCCAGAUUUUUGGCACCACCUUUGAGAUCACCAGUCGGUAGGAUGAACUGAGCCCAAAUUACCCCUCCAAGCGUGUCGGGAUGACUUCUAACUUCGGACUUCCCAGGUACACCGACUUGCAGCCGGUGGGAAUGGGCGCUUUCGGUCUUGUCUGUUCGGCGCGGGAUCAAUUGACCGGGCAACCAGUCGCCGUCAAGAAAAUCAUGAAGCCAUUCAGCACACCCGUCUUGUCCAAGAGAACAUACCGCGAAUUAAAACUGUUGAAACACCUGCGACACGAAAAUAUCAUCAGUCUGAGCGAUAUCUUUAUCUCUCCACUUGAGGAUAUUUAUUUCGUCACAGAGCUGCUGGGCACCGAUCUUCACAGAUUGUUAACUUCGCGGCCUCUCGAAAAACAAUUUAUUCAAUAUUUCCUGUACCAGAUUCUGCGGGGGCUGAAAUAUGUCCACUCGGCCGGUGUCGUUCAUCGUGACCUUAAACCCAGCAACAUCCUUAUCAACGAGAACUGCGACCUGAAAAUCUGCGAUUUUGGUCUUGCCCGUAUCCAGGAUCCGCAGAUGACCGGCUAUGUUUCGACUCGUUAUUACCGUGCGCCCGAGAUCAUGCUCACUUGGCAGAAGUACGACGUAGAGGUGGAUAUUUGGAGCGCAGCAUGUAUUUUUGCAGAGAUGCUGGAAGGAAAGCCCCUGUUUCCCGGAAAAGACCACGUCAAUCAAUUCUCAAUCAUCACGGAGCUGCUGGGAACCCCGCCCGACGACGUGAUCCAGACAAUUUGCAGCGAGAAUACGUUGCGAUUCGUCAAGUCGCUACCCAAGCGUGAGCGACAACCUCUGGCCACCAAGUUCAAGAAUGCCGAUCCAGAUGCGGUCGAUCUGCUGGAAAAAAUGCUUGUAUUUGACCCGAAGAAGCGUAUUCGGGCUGGCGAGGCCCUGGCCCACGAGUACCUUGCCCCGUAUCACGAUCCGACCGACGAGCCUGAGGCUGAGGAGAAGUUUGAUUGGUCAUUCAACGAUGCCGACCUGCCCGUGGAUACAUGGAAGAUUAUGAUGUACUCCGAAAUCCUGGACUUUCACAACAUUGACCAGGGCAACGAUGCCGGUCAAGUGCUUGUCGAGGGGGCUGCGGCUGGACAGCAGAGCUUUGCAUGAGGAGAGAUUCCUGCCUAAAAUUACCCUUGACGAGGUGCACGGAAUAUGAUAAUGAUGUCCUUUCCUUUUAUGUUCUCAUGGUAUGUAGACUGGAUGCGGGGAUUGUGAUAUGCACGUUCACGUACUUAUGUUCUGGCCACUACAUCGCUUGUUUUUUAUGCCCCCCCCUUUUUUUUGUUUCUCAAUGAUCUCCAGGCUGUGACAAAGUCCGGAUAAUGUUGGAGAUUAGAAACGUCUGUAACAUGACCCAACUGUUUGGAUUUUUCCAUUCUGCUAUACAUACACUUUACAUUAUUCCGGUCAUGAUCGACGGAACAUUGUUUUGCCUUUCCUUCCCACCAAAUGGUGAAUGUUGUUUCCCCCCUUUUUUUGAGGUGUGCUUGAUAGAUUUUGCUCAACGUUGAAGCAAGUUACCUAAUAAUCAAUGCAAUGACUGUAUACAACUGACUUG